CACAGGUGAUGUUUGUGAUGAUGAUCUCGCUCAGGGGUGAAGGAUGGACUGACUCUCUGAUGCUUUUAUCCGGGUCGUGUCCCUGUUCACCUCCUGCUUCUGCACACCAUUAGAUGCAUUAAAGCUCACUGAAGGAAAUCAAUACGGUGCUGCUGGUGCUUUACCAAACCAACCGUCUGAAUGUUUUGAGAGGAGAAAGCAGCUGUAAUGUUUGUGUCACAGAUGUCUCAUCAGGAGUCUGUCAUCCUCAACCGCUUCUCAGACAUUCACCAGUAACAUGUAAACGUGAGACACGACGAGAUUAUGAUGUAAAGACAACAUGUGCUGAACUCAUCAUCUAGUAGUGGAGCAAAUAUUAUACAUUUGUGAAUUUGGACAUUUUCUUGUGUCAGUAUUGCCUGAGAAAGACACAGGUGUGUGUGUGUGUGUGUGUAUGUGUGUGAAGAUCAGCUGUCAGAAUGAAUGUCUCUCACAGCAUUCAAAUAUAGAUGAAAUGGGAGUUUUAUGGGAAUACUUCACCUGAGAAAUCUUUUAUUCAUCUUUUUUCCUUCUGGAAUCCUCAUCUGCUUUGUGACUGAUAUGAACAGGUGAAGAAGUGCUUUACAGAUAUUGAUCAUAUGUGUUUUGUUGAUUUUGCAGGUGAAUCAGUGUUUUUGUAUAAAUAUGAAUACAGUCUUCUGAGAAAUGUUUCUGAGGCACACAGGUGGUGUUGGUGCUGUCAUUGGCUGAGGUUUGUUCUGGGCAGAAUGUUGUCGAGGAGCAGGUUGGGUUGUCUAGGAUUUCAUUUCUGAAGGAGUGUUGUGAAUGUGCGCGCGCAUGCGUACAUGUGUGUUGUGAUAAUUUGUGUGUAUCCUGUGCAUGCGUGUGUUAUAUAAGUGUGUUUGCGGCUCUGUGAAUGUGUGUGUAUCUCUCCUGUCAGUGUGUGUGUUUGUGUGUGCAUGCUCUGGGAGUGUAUGUGUUACUGCCCUGUCAGUGUGUGUGUGUGUGUGUGUGUGUCUGCCCUCUCAGUGUGUGUGUAAAUGUGUGUUUGUCCGUUCUGUCAGUGUGUUUGUCUUGAGUGUAUGUCUUAUCUUUGUGUCUUGUGUGGGUGGUUGUCUUGGGUGUGUGUGUUAAAGAUUGAGGUCUUCCUCUACAGCUUCAGUAUCAGAGUUGAAAGUGACUGUAGAGAUCAGCGAUCUCAAUAAGAUGAAACAUCACACACACCUGCUGAUAAACCAUACACACUUGAAAUGCACACACACACACACACUCACACAAACUAGUGAACAGGAAGUUGUUUGAGUGAUUUCAACACUGUUUCCACCGCAUGCCCAUGUGUUCCUGUGAGCGAAAAACAUUUCUCUGGUGUGUCACUCAGAUAACCAGGAAGCUGUUUGUGUGUCUGUGAGCGGAAGUCAGCGCUGUGGGUCUGAUCAUUAAACGCUGUUCUCUCUGACGAGCAGACAGACGAUCCGACAGGUGGACAGAGGAGCAGGGGAUGGAGAGUGAAGAUCCAGCAGAGUCAGUGUGUUCUCCAGACGAGACAGAGUCUGAUCAUGUGGAGUCAGACGGUCUGUCCGUUCUGGAGCAGCUUGGUCUAGAUCAGAACUCUGAUUUGUCGGACUCCAGCGUUCAGCAGCGAUUGGACGAGCAGCGCGAGAGGAUUCGCAGGGAGAUCCGUAAAGAGCUGAAGAUCAAAGCGGGUGCAGACAACUUGCGGCGGGCGACCACAGACAAACGUAAUGUCCAGCAGGUGGAGAGUCAGUUACGCAGCUCCACACGCAGACUGGAUUCGCUGCACGUGCAGCUGCAGGAGCUGGAUGCACACAUAGUGGUCAAGGGUCACGACGACAGCAAAGAUGACCUCAGGUCUCUCCGGACAACAGACCGCUCGUCGGCCAAUCAGGACCGGAUCAAGGCCCUGGAGAGACAGCUCAACAUUGAGCUGAAGGUCAAACAGGGGGCGGAGAACAUGAUCCCCAUCUAUGCCAAUGGACUUACAAAAGAUAAGAAGCUUCUUCAGUCGGCUCAGCAGAUGUUACAGGACAGUAAGAUGAAGAUCGACAUCAUCCGUAUGCAGAUCUGUAAAGCCGUGCAGGCCACAGAACAGACAGACGACUCUCACGGUAAAACAGAUCUGUGUGUGGUGGAGCUCAGGAUCGAGGAGCUGUGGCAUCAUUACCGCGUGGAACACGCCAUGGCCGAGGGCGCCAAGAACAUGAUGAGACUGCUGGCUACUGGAAAAACACAAGACAAGAAAGCCAUCGCUGAGGCUCAGAGUCGCUUGAGUGAAGCGUCUCAGCGGUUGGAUCUCCUGCGGUUGUCAUUAGAGCAGCGGCUGGUGGAUCUUCCAGAAGAUCAUCCUAAAGCGUAUCUGAUCAAAGAGGAACUGGUGAUGACAUCAUCGUCAGCGUUCAGCUCGCGUCACAGCACCCCCUACAUACACAAUCAGUACAACACCCUCAGCAGACCCUCACCUCUCACCGGAACGCUGCAGGUUCGGUUGUUGGGUUGUGGUGGGUUGUUGGAGGUGGUGCCGGGCCGCAGUCGAGCGUCUCCUGUCAUCUUACCUCACUUCAGCCCGGGAGACACACGACCCUUCAAACUCACACUGACCACCAGAAACAGCAGCUUCAGUCUGAAAAUACCCAACAAAACUUCUGAAGAACUCUCCACGGAGGUGAGCGCUGUGUUAAAGCUGGAGAACUGUGUUGUUGGUCAGACGUGUUGGAGAAGUGUUGGAGAACAGACCUGGGAUCAGACCUUCACUGUUGAACUGGAGAGAUCUAGAGAGAUGGAGAUCGCAGUGUACUGGCGUGAUCAUCGCUCACUGUGUGCUCUGAAAUAUCUCAAAUUAGAAGAGUUUCUGGACAACCAGAGACACAGAAUACAGCUAGAGCUCGAACCUCAGGGACUGCUGCUGGCAGAGGUGAUGUUUUUUAAUCCAGUGAUAGAGAGAGGACCACGUCUGCAGCGACAGAGAAAGAUCUUCUCUAAACAACAGGGUAAAGCGUUCCUGCGAGCGAAACAGUUGAAUGUUGACAUGACGACAUGGGUUCGACUGCUGAAGAACGCCAUUCCCAUGGGCUCCUCCACACACAACUACUCACAUCAACACAACUCACACGACAGCAGUGCUGAGAUUUCAGUUCAGAAGAUUCAACUGGACAGUGAAUCUCCAACAUCAGAGACCAAGAGAGACAUCUCACACACGAUGAAGAGUGUGUCAGAAACAGAUACAGUCUCUCUUGAAGCCGCUUCUCCUCCUCAGCGGGUCGUCAGGAAAACCUCCCACAAUUCCCAGCGCAGGCGAGAGGGCUCAUCUCUGUGUCUGAAGGAUUUCCGGUUGAUCGCUGUGUUGGGACGUGGGCAUUUCGGCAAGGUGCUGCUCUCUGAAUAUAAGGCAUCAGGGAAGCUUUACGCCAUCAAAGCUCUGAAGAAAGGAGACAUCGUGGCGCGGGAUGAGGUGGAGAGUUUGAUGUGCGAGAAGCGAAUCUUCGAGGUGGUGAACAGCGCGAGGCAUCCGUUCCUGGUGAAUCUGUUCGCGUGUUUUCAGACAUCAGAACACGUGUGCUUUGUGAUGGAGUACACGGCAGGCGGUGACCUGAUGAUGCACAUACACGCUGAUGUGUUCUCUGAAGAGCGCUCUGUGUUUUAUGCUGCGUGUGUAGUUUUGGGGCUUCAGUUUCUUCAUGAUAAUAAGAUUGUGUACAGAGAUCUGAAGCUUGACAAUCUGCUGCUGGACACUGACGGUUAUGUGAAGAUUGCAGACUUUGGUCUCUGUAAAGAGGGGAUGGGUUUUGGGGACAGGACGAGCACUUUCUGCGGUACUCCAGAGUUUCUUGCUCCAGAGGUUUUGACGGACACGUCUUACACCAGAGCUGUGGACUGGUGGGGUUUCGGUGUGCUCAUAUAUGAGAUGCUAGUUGGAGAGUCACCGUUUCCAGGUGAUGAUGAGGAGGAAGUGUUUGACAGUAUUGUCAAUGAUGAAGUACGGUACCCAAGAUUCCUCUCCACCGACGCCAUCGGUAUCAUGAGACGGCUGCUGAGACGUAAUCCUGAGAGACGUCUGGGCUCCAGUGAGAGAGACGCAGAUGAUAUAAAGAAACAGCCCUUCUUCAGAAAUAUGGACUUUGAGGCUCUCCUUCAUGGGAAGGUUCCUCCUCCAUUUGUCCCGGCCGUGACGGAUAAUGAAGACGUCAGUAACUUUGAUGCAGAGUUCACCAAUGAAGCCCCCGCCCUCACCCCGCCCUCGGAGAGCCGCAGCCUCACGCGUAAAGAUCAGGAUUACUUCAGAGACUUCGACUACGUCUCAGACCUCUGUUAGGACGCACAGGUGCUCUUCACUUUGAAGCUGAUAAGCGUGAGAGACAUGGGCGGAUCCUCUCGCCCCAGCACUACUGUCGGUGAUGGACGUCUGUUUUAGGUGGAAUAAACGGUUGUUCAGGGUAAAGACCUCCUGACGGGGACUGUAGAGGCUCAAUUCAAUAAUCCAGAUAAUGUGAUGCUUUGUGGAGUAUGCUGGCGAACAGUUUCUUUGUUUAAGUGUUUGGAGGAAGGAUUUACAGAUGGACCACUCGGACUCAACGUUACCCAGAACUUCUGUUUCAUGAUACUGACUCCAGAAAUUGUCUGUCUGUCUUUCUCAUCCGUCUUCUGUUUUAACCUGCAGUCUCCAGAGACCAUUCGGUGCUGUAAUACAUACGUGUAACCACACAGAGGCAUCAGAAAGCUGUAAAAGCAGAAAUAAAGUGUGAAAGGGGUUUAUUCACA